GUUCAAGUCUCCAGUUCCGCCCCUAUCGCGGUAGCUUGUGGUCGUUGUUUCGGGUGGGAGCUACAGCAAUGGCGGGAGCGCGGGUGUGGACUCAGGCGGUUCGCCGCUUCAGCACCUCUCUCGUCCGUGGCUCGCAUUACGCCGAGGGCCCUGGGAAGAAUCUGCCUUUCUCGGUGGAAAACAAGUGGAGGCUGUUGGCAAUGAUGUCUGUGUUUUUUGGCUCUGGCUUCGCAGCUCCAUUUUUGCUAGUAUGGCACCAGUUCCGCAAGAAGUGAGACAUUAUUCAAUUGAACUGCUUUCAACUAGUGAUGCCUACUGCGCAGUUUCUCUGAGAGCCUUUCCAAUGAAAUGUUCUUGUAAAUAAAAGUAUUAUCAAAUUA